AUGGCGGGGGGAGAGGCGGAGGCGCCGGCAAGGAGUGGCAGCGGCGGCGACUCGGGAGCCGGCGCGCCGGACUGCGGAGUGGCGCCCAUUAAACGCCAAUACCUCACCACCAAGGAGCAGUUCCACGAAUUUCUGGAAACCAAAGGACAAGAGAAUCCCAACUGGGAGACAGGGGCAGGAAACCCUGGUGGCAUUGAUGGUGCUGAGCCUGAGGCCAAGAGGAUCCGACUGGAAGAUGGGCAGAAAGAGGACAAGCAGAAGGAUGAGGCAGAGGAAGCCAAGGAGCAGCCACAGGCUCAGAAGAGGGCCCGGGGCCAGAACAAGGCCCGGCCCCAUGUGAAGCCCACCCACUAUGACAAGAACAGGCUGUGCCCCUCCCUGGUGCAGGAGUCAGCUGACAAGUGUCUCUUUGGUGACCGCUGCCGCUUCCUGCAUGAUGUGGGCCACUACCUGGAGACCAAGCCACCUGACCUGGGCCCACGCUGUGUGCUCUUUGAAACCUUUGGCAGGUGCCCCUAUGGUGUCACCUGCCGCUUUGCUGGAGCCCACCUAGGACCUGAGGGUCAGAACCUGGUGCAGGCAGAUUUGGUCCAGGCCCCGCCCAUCCGCAACAGCCUGGACAAGGCACUGCAGCAGCAGCUGCGAAAACGAAAGGUCUACUUUGAACGUGCUGAGCAGGCUCUGCGCCAGCUAAGCAAGGGCCAGCUGCCAGGCUCCAUACCCACUGCCACUGUCCCCAAGGUCAUAGGGGCUGAUGGUGCCCCAGGGCAGGAAAACUGUGAUGCCCAACAAGCCCCACUGGAGCAGGAUGCCAGUGCCCCUCCCAGCAGCCCUGUGCAGACCUGUGGGCCCCUGACUGAUGAGGACAUAAUCAGGCUACGGUCCUGUGAGAAGAAACGGGUUCGUGUCUGGUGCUCCCUGCUGAGGACACUAGCAGUGUGUGUGAGGGGAGGGCUGGACAUCAGUGGCAAACUGUACCUGGCCCCCCUCACCACGUGUGGGAACCUGCCCUUUCGGAGGAUCUGUAAGCGCUUUGGCGCUGACGUGACAUGUGGGGAGAUGGCUGUUUGCACCAACCUGCUGCAGGGGCAGACAUCUGAGUGGGCCCUACUCAAACGCCACUCGUGUGAGGACAUCUUUGGCAUCCAGCUGGAAGGCGCCUUCCCCGACACCAUGACCAAGUGUGCCGAGCUGCUGAACCGCACCAUCGAGGUGGACUUCGUGGACAUCAACGUCGGCUGCCCCAUCGACCUCGUGUACAAGAAGGGCGGGGGCUGUGCCCUCAUGAACCGCUCGGCCAAGUUCCAGCAGAUCGUCCGCGGCAUGAACCAGGUGCUGGACGUGCCGCUGACGGUGAAGAUCCGCACGGGCAUCCAGGAGCGCGUGAACCUGGCGCACCGGCUGCUGCCUGAGCUGCGGGACUGGGGGACCGCCCUGGUCACGCUCCACGGCCGCUCUCGGGAGCAGCGCUACACCAAGUUGGCCGACUGGCAGUACAUCCAGCGGUGUGUGACGGCGGCCAGCCCCAUGCCCCUGUUUGGGAACGGGGACAUCUUAUCGUACGAGGAUGCCAACUGCGCCCUGCAGACCGGCGUCUCGGGAAUCAUGAUUGCCCGCGGCGCCCUGCUCAAGCCAUGGCUGUUCACAGAGAUCAAGGAGCAGCGGCACUGGGACAUCUCGUCCUCCGAGCGCAUGGACAUCCUGCGGGACUUCACACACUACGGCCUGGAGCACUGGGGCUCGGACACACAGGGCGUGGAGAAGACCCGCCGUUUCCUCCUCGAGUGGCUCUCUUUCCUGUGCAGGUAUGUGCCCGUGGGCCUGCUGGAGCGGCUCCCACAGAGGAUCAAUGAGCGGCCGCCCUACUACAUGGGCCGCGACUACCUGGAGACGCUCAUGGCCAGCCAGAAGGCGGCGGACUGGAUCCGCCUCAGCGAGAUGCUGCUGGGCCCUGUGCCACCCAACUUCGUCUUCCUGCCGAAGCACAAGGCCAAUGCCUACAAGUAGUAGGAGGAGGGUGGCGGUGGGGAGGCAUCUGAAACACGGAGGGCCUCCCAGUGCGUGAGAUGACAAUAAAUUUUAUUCUUGUAAGACAUGGCUCUUUCUUAGACGCUGAGGCUGCCCCUUUUUGCUCCAGGGAACUUUCCCUGGACCAUAGACCUGCCCUGUCCCUGGCAACACCCCCCUCCCCAUUCACUCAUUCUAUUCCUGUGGGCUCAGAGAAGCCUUGGCCAUAAAGGAGCCACCUUGACUCACCGGGGGGUCAGCCUGUGUGGGUGUGAACCCGGCCCACUGCCUGCACGAGGGCCCCUCAGGACCGUCAGCUGGGCAUCGCCGGCGGGGGCAGAAGGCAGAG